ACAAGUUGGAGUUGGUUUCGACUGCUCUGUUACCACGUAGGGGAGGACGAAGAAACCGAAACUUACUGAUGCCUAAAGUCAGCUGAAUCGAAACAAACAAUGGACAUAUUUGACCGCAGUCGGAGAAGGAAGAUGGAAGUGGGGACGGGAGCAGUACUGUGAGCUUUGUGUGCUCUCACCGGGAUUUUAUUACAUUUGCCGAGUCAUUAAUGAUGGCAACUAAAAACUACGUAGCUGAACUAAACGAGUAUGCGCAGAGAAAUCGCUUGAAGCUGAAGUAUGAGUACCUUGGCUCUGACGGCCCAGACCAUAAUAAAGUAUUUAGCCAGAAGGCGAUCAUAGAUGGUAAAGACUACCCCAAAGGUGUGGGGAAGACCAAAAAAGAUGCAAAGCUUAAAGCAGCUGAAAAUGCUCUGAGGUGCCUGCUGGAUGGUAAAUGUCAGGACUUGACAGAAAAUGCAGCAGAAGCUUCUACACCAGCUGAGACAGAUAUCAACUUCAUAUGCUGGCUCAAUGAAUAUGGCCAGAGAAACAGGUUGACUAUAAAGCCUAUGGAGACAACAAGGCCUGGACCAAAUAAUGCUAUCCCGUGGUGUAGCUUCAUGGUUGGUGAUAAGGAGUACCCAGCAGUCUCUGGGAAAACGGCAAGAGAAGCUAAGGAGGAAGCAGCCAAGCUCGUAUAUGACAUAAUAAAUGGCAACAAAACUACAGAUACUGCAGAUGAGAAUCACAGCGAUGGAUCAGGUCAACAAAGUGAGGACUUGAGUGAGAAUGUUUUUGAUGUGUGUACUACAACAAAAAACCUGACCGUGAACUCUAAAGACCCCAGCUUAGUGGAGACAAAUUACAUAGGACUUAUCAAUGACUACUGUCAGCGAGAAAACUGCUCCUAUACAUUUGUUGAUGAGAAAAUAUGUGGCCCACCUGAUAAACGUCAAUUUUUCUACAAAUUACGGAUUAACAACAAGCAAUAUCCUGUGGGGAAGGGGAAGAGUAUCAAAGAAGCCAAACAAAGUGCGGCGCGACAGGCCUGGUUUGUUCUUCAGGAGCAGUCAAGCAAGGAGGAUGCCAAAGACAAGAACGUGGGAAAUGGCCAGAACGAGAUGCCAACUGUAUCACGGUUUACUUCAGAAUUUGAACCCUUGGAGCAUCUUGGUAAGGGGGCCUUUGGUUCUGUUUACAAAGUAAGACAUAAACAGUUGAAGAUAGAAUAUGCUGUGAAGGUCGGCUGCUAUAAAGAAAAAUCUCUUCGAGAGGUGAGAACAUUAUCAGACCUCUUCCACCGUAACAUUGUUAGAUAUUACACGUUCUGGAUGCAGGAUACUGGAUACGAGUGGGUGUCCAUCAGGCCAACAGCAUCGGAAGAUGGUGCUCCACCUGAAUCCUUAGCCUCAUCAGUUACACAGAACAACAGUGAAUCAUCAUCACAAAACACUCCAAGUAACUCCUCAAACCCUUCUACGUCCCAGGCAUCCUCUGUAUCUUCUGGGUCUGAGACUAUCACAUCUGUCAGGUUUACUUCAGAAUUUGAACCCUUGGAGCAUCUUGGUAAGGGGGCCUUUGGUUCUGUUUACAAAGUAAGACAUAAACAGUUGAAGAUAGAAUAUGCUGUGAAGGUCGGCUGCUAUAAAGAAAAAUCUCUUCGAGAGGUGAGAACAUUAUCAGACCUCUUCCACCGUAACAUUGUUAGAUAUUACACGUUCUGGAUGCAGGAUACUGGAUACGAGUGGGACCUUAGAGACAGUUGUGACAGUUACGCCUCUUCACACACUGCAGAUAACCCCGAGACAAAGUUCCUGUAUAUUCAGAUGGAGUUAUGUGCCAAAAACACACUGAGAGACUGGAUUGAUGAGAAGAAUAAAGAGAGUGAACAAGACUCCAAGCGAAGAGAAGAAAGUCUGAGAAUUGUUCAAGAAAUAGUUUGUGGAGUCGAGUAUAUUCACUCCAAGAACCACAUCCACAGAGACCUUAAGCCUGCAAACAUCAUGUUUGGAGUGGAAGGAGAAGUGAAGAUUGGGGACUUUGGUCUGGUCACCAGUGAUGAUGAUGAUGAAGAGAGAACAGUGUGCAAAGGAACUCCAUCUUACAUGGCUCCUGAACAAAAGACUGAGAGGAAGUACGACAGAAAAGUGGACAUGUUUGCUUUGGGGCUGAUAUUCUUUGAACUCCUUUGGAAACUUUCUACU